CCGGCAGCAGCACCACCUGUCGGGGGGGCGGCCCGGCGGUUCCGAGGCGGCCCGACCCACCCUCCGCAGCGCGGCCGGCUGGCGGCCCCAGACGCUCCCCGCCUCCGCGCGCCAUCCCCGCAGCCUCGCCCGCGUCCCCGCCGCGCCGCCUCGCCUUUGUUCCCGCCGCCGCCUCGCCCGCCGUGCGGCCGGCCUCCCGGGACCCUCGCCGCCCGGCACGCGGGGCCUGUCCCGCUGGCUCCCCGGGCCGGAUGGGGCUGGCGGGGAGAUGAGCGGCGGGCGGCGGCGGCGGGCGGCGGCGCGGUCGGAGCUCACCGCCGCGGCGCUCCGCAUGGCCCUCGGGGCGGCCGGCUGCCGGGGCGAUGGGGCAGGUCCUGGGAUUCGCCCACUGCAAAGAGUCUCCUUCCACUGCCUCUACCACGCCUGAUUCUACAGAUGGAGCCAACGAGGAGUCCGACUUCCCUGAACUGCAGACGGCACGGGAGUUUUCAGAGGAAGAGGAGGAGGAGGGCUCUGUAGAAUGGGGGACCCCCCGGGAGCUGACUUUCUCCUACUUCACCAUUGCCACCCCCUCCGGCAGCAGCCCCAGUGCAGCAGAGCAUCGGGGCAGGCGUGACUCCCAGACCCGCCGGACAAGGGCUCUGCUGCCCCGCACGGAGACUUGUGAAACUUUUGUGCCCGCCCUGGGGGACAGUUUGGAGAACAUUCCCAGCCUCUGCCCAUCUCCGGAGGCGGAGGGAGCCCUGCCUUCAGGCGGUGGCCCAGGACUGGACGACUUUCCGUUGGACUGGGAUUCCCGGGUGGGCCCUGGCAGGGCCCUGGAUGCAGCCGGAGGGGAGGAACAGACAUCUCCGUGCCCCACGCCCCCAUCGCCAGCAGCGGUGGAGACGGAAGGAGGUAGCAGCACGGCUUGCUCAGGAACAGAUGACCCCAGGGAGACCCUCUCUCUACCUGCUGCCUUAGCCUCCCACUCCGAAGCAGGCGCCUCCUGCGGUGCUGACACCCCCCAAGACCGAGCACUGACCUCAGCAGAGUUCUGCCAACCACAAGAGGAAGAGGGGCCCGGCCAGGAACCCCAUCCUGAGCAGCUCCACGUUGAACCAGACCAGUCCGAGAACAUCCUGAACAUCCUAGUGGCCGACUUGGUGUACUGGCGGGACACCCGCACAUCGGCCUUGGCGUUCACGGCGCUGAUGGUGGCCCUGCUCUGCCUGAUGCACUUUAGCAUCAUCAGCGUGGCCUCCUACCUCUCCCUGGCCGCCCUCGGCAUCACCAUCUCACUCAGAGGAUAUAGCAAGGUGCUGCAGCUAGUCCGCCGGGGAGACGGGCACCACCCCUUCCAGGCCCAGCUGGAUGCAGACUUCGGGCUGUCCAAAGAACAGCUGGAGCGGCUGACCGAGCGGGUGGUGCAUCAAGUCACCUGGGGCACAAAGACUCUGCAGCGCCUUUUCUUGGUGGAUGACAUGAUGGAGUCCCUCAAGUUUGCGUUCUUGUUCUACGUCCUCACCUACGUGGGAGCCGUUUUCAAUGGUCUGACGUUGCUUAUACUUGGUGUGAUAAGUGCAUUUACCUUCCCUCUGCUCUACAGGCAGCAUCAGGCACAGAUCGACCAGUAUGUAGGGCUGGUGAGGAACCAGUUGAGUAGCCUCAGAGCAAAGGUGCUGGCCAAAUUGCCGACAGCAAAAGCGAAGGCAGAAUGAGGGGUCUCCGUGGCGGUUCUCUUCCCUGCGCACACAGAUGCAAAGGACAACGCACACCCUUGCUGCUGCUGCUGCUUCUUCCAUUCCCCGCCCCAGCCAUUGCAGUAGUGACCCUCCCUCUCCCAGUCCCCUUGGCCUGGAGGGGCUGGGCAGUUGCUGGUUCUCCUUCAGCUCCCCCCAGAAAUUGGAGAACCCUUGCAAGGGGGGGCAAAAGACCAUCUCAGCCCUGCAGUUGCAGCAGCUCAGGGGAGAGACCCCCCCCCAGGCCUACAGCCAAGGACUAGUCAACCAGGUGCUGAGGGCUAGUAUCCCAUGCUCCUUUCUCCCUCCGUGUCCUGGCGACUUCCUCCUCCUCCUCCUCUUCCUCCUCCUCCUCCUCCUGCCUGCAGUAUUCCUCCUGGGUCCUGACUUGAGGCCAGCCAACCUGGAGCAUGCUUUCCUCUUGAGGAAGGGGAACCGCUCGAGGUUGGGCAGGACCCCCCCCCUGCCCCCUGUCUGUGGGAUGUUGUAGCUGUGGCCCACUGCCUCUCAUCAUGGGCCGGGCUGCGGCUUGGCUGAUCAGCUGGCAGGUUGGGUGCACCUGGUUCGUUUUGCCUGGAUAUUUACACUUUAAUAAAAAGACUUGUGAGAAAAAAUGGGUAUGCAUGACCCCUUGGUCUCCCGAGUCUUCACUUGU